GGCGGCGGCGGCGGCGGCGGCGGGGGGAAGAUGGCGGCGCCCGUCCUGCUGAGAGUGUCGGUGCCGCGGUGGGAGCGGGUGGCCCGGUAUGCAGUGUGCGCCGCCGGGAUCCUGCUCUCCAUCUACGCCUACCACGUGGAGCGGGAGAAGGAGCGGGACCCUGAGCACCGGGCCCUCUGCGACCUGGGGCCCUGGGUGAAGUGCUCCUCCGCCCUUACCUCCAGAUGGGGUCGAGGAUUUGGUCUUUUGGGUUCCAUUUUUGGAAAAGAUGGUGUAUUAAACCAGCCAAACAGUGUCUUUGGACUUAUAUUUUAUAUACUACAGUUAUUACUUGGCCUCACAGCAAGCGCCGUGGCGGCUUUGAUCCUCAUGACAUCCUCCAUCGUGUCUGCCGUGGGGUCCUUGUACCUGGCCUACAUUCUGUACUUUGUGCUGAAGGAGUUCUGCAUCAUCUGCGUCACCACGUACGCGCUGAACUUCAUUCUUCUUAUCAUCAACUACAAACGACUGGUUUACUUGAACGAGGCCUGGAAGCGGCAGCUGCAGCCCAAGCAGGACUGACACCUGAUGAACUCCUGACUGUCUGAAGUCCCUUUUUCCAUUAAGUUUAUUUGGCAGCAUUUUUUUUUAAUUCUUCACAACAGACACUUCCCUGAGAAUCUUAAACUGAUUUUUUAAAAUCCUAUACAUUAGAAGGGGCCCUAGCUAUUUUCUGUGUCAAUCUUCAUUUUAAAUGUGGAUACAAAAAAAAGAAGGAUCGCCAAGCCAAUCAAAGACAAGCUUUAACUUUACUUUGAAGAUGUUUCUCAAAUAAUAAAAUGUAGCCCUAGCCCCAGUCCCUCAACUGUAAAGUGAGAAACCAUUGCUAGUAAUUCUCUAAUGUGUAUAAAUUCAAUUUCAGGUAUAACAAAUGUGAUCAUGACAUGAAACUAUUUUAGAAUAGAUGCUGUAUUAAAUAUUGCCAUGUUUACAAUAUGUAAUAUGUUUUUAGCUGAUGGAUUUAAACAUGUAGAUUCAACUAGAAUCCAUUUUUGUGAUAUUUGUAAAUAAAGGUAGAAACAUUGGAUCCAUCCCUGCAGAACUUACUGUACGGUUUAGUUGAAGUGUAGCAAUGAAGAAUGCAGCUCAAUGUUGACUGAUGAAAUAGUGAAAGUAGGAAGUCCCUACAGAGCAUCUUGUGAAAAACACUGACAGCCAUGGGUGCAACACUGACAGCAAAAAUAUUAGGGUGGUUGGUUCCCUUUCAUCUCCAUCCUCUGAAAGGAAGAAACUGAAUUUGUACAUUCAAGUCAAUUCUGUGUUUAGGCGUAGAACUGGAUGAAUUAUAACCUUACAGAAGGAGCUGUGUGACCAGACCUUCAAGUCCAAGGCCUUCGGAACACUAAUGAUUUGGGAAAUGGGUAUAUUUCUUUGGAGAAAAACUGGAAAUAUUAAUAUGGCAUUUUCAGGUAAAGCCUCUUGACCGUAGUUGAAUUUUCACAGAUGAUUUUCCUUAAUAUUGGUGCCAGUCAACUAAACAGUAUUAGAACUUGGAAAUAACCAGUGUAAGCCCCAGUGCUCAAGGAGGAUUGCCCUUCGGUCUUUCCACGGUGUUCAUUGUUUCUUUCUGCACUAAUUGGAUAUCUGGUUUAAUUGUUUCAGAGUCGGACAUUGGAUCCGUGAACUUUAGGGCUGACACACUGCUCAGUUUACUUAAUCGGGAGAAGUACUAUAGGUAGAAAUAUCUAGGAGCAAAAUACAGUAAAGUCAUCACUGCUCUAUUAACUACACAGAUGCAGGAAGCAGAAUUUCUUAAAGUGAUCUGAAUAAACCCAAAUGAAAUUGUGACAGUACGUUUCUAUGGUUAACAUGUUUUGCCAGAGUGUUAAAAGUGCCUUCUGUCUUAAAAUCUCAAACCAAAUAUUUUGUGUGUGAACCCGGGCAGAAGUAUCCCUCCCUCCUCUCUGUCAAGUGGAAAACCUGUGUUCUGCAAAAAGGUUCUGAAUGAUCAUUUUAUUCUUUAGAUUGAGAAGUAGUAGCAGUGUUUUUGCUUCCAAUUCAAUUAAUUGUUCUGCUAAAAAUAGGCAAUUAGAUUGGUGAGUUUUGAGUGUUCUACUUGCCUUCUUAGCAAAGGGAGGGGACAGGCCCCGCUCUGAAAAGUAAAGUGUGUACAGAGUCAGCAACUAGUCAGCGGUUACAGCUGUCUUCACUGAUGCAGUGUAGCCCUUCUGGCCCAAGGCAGGUAUCAAAUCUGAAUUGUAAUGAACUUUUAACCGGUUUUAACCAGUUCGUUAAAAGAUAGCUUAACUCAGAUUUCAUCGAGGCUUAUGUUUUCCCAUGAAUGUGAAUAUCUCAGUGCCUGUUUUAUUAUGUAUGUGUUGUUGUAUUGUCAAGUGGUUACAGAAUUCUAGGAAGCACUGACUGAACGUCGGUUCCUAUGGAGAAGUCAGUCCUCCGAGUUGAGAACUGUGCAGUGAGGUCAUCUGUGCCGGUGUGUCUCGUUCUCCCGAGGCAGUUCACAAUAGAGUGGAAAUGGCUUCCCCGUGAAGACUUCUGUGGUGUUUAUAACACCGCUUGUGCUAAACAAGUUCCUCCUGUCCCAGUCUCAAAAGGUUUUCAUCACAUUUUGUGUCAGUCAGCAGAGUAUAGUUAAAGCUUGUCUUGAGGUUACAGUCUUGAAAAUGUCUUCAACUCUCGAAUGAGAAAACAUGGAAAGUCAUUCAGCCAGACCCUUCAAGUUUUUCCUUUGCUUUCAUAAGCCUUGGGAAAACCACUGUUUCAGUUGUAUGAAAAUAAAUAAAUAAAAAAAAAAAGCCACA